UUUGUUAUAUUUUUGCUUUAGUUUGGUGAUUAGCAGACAGUCAGACUCAGUGUGUACGUGAAUUGUGUUUUUCAAUUCACGUGCUAAAAAAGACAGACCGGUCUGACGUUCUGAAUGUUCUGACUGCUGAAUGAUCCUCAACCUGAUCAGAACUAAUCUUCAAAGCAUCAAAAGAUUAUUUAUUGAUCAAAGAUAAAGUACCAUUCAUUGCAGUUUAUAAACUAUUUAUAAGCUGCAUUACAUCAGGCUUUGGAUACACACUCAGUAUUUGUUAGUUGGAUUGACUGUGUUGCUUUUGGGCUUUUGGAGGGAUUUGUUGAUAAUAAAACCAAACACACAUUGUCCCACAUUGUCUAAAAGAGUCUAGAAUAGAAUUCCCAAAGCAUUUGUUUCAGGCUCAGCUGCUGCUGUCGGCCAACUGGUGCUGGUCCAUCACACACACACACACACACGCACACACACACUGAACACACAUCUAUAAAGAGUCCUGAAAGCUGUGGUGUGUCCACUUUUCUCUUUUAUUUUGUCUUGGCCAAAGCUCCAAUCAGGAUGACAGAGACAAAGAUGUCAACCAGCAGGAGGAAUCACCUCAAGAGACAAAGUGGGAGAAGACACACAGCAUGCACCAGGACUUUAUAUAGCUUGCUGCUGCAGAUAGCUGAGACGAUGCUGGAGGAGGAGGCAAGGGAGGCCCAGAAGGAGAAGAUGAUGUAUAUGGAGGAGAACUGCUCCACCCUCUGUGUCCCUGGCAGUAUACAGGAGCUGCAGGAUCUGUGCCGGGGGCUUCACAAGCAGAUUGAUUUGGUGGAUGAGGAGCGAUACGACGUGGAGAUUAAAGUGUCAAAAUCCAACAAAGAGAUCGAUGACCUCAAGCUGAUGGUUCAGGAUCUUAAAGGCAAGUUUAAGAAGCCGGCACUGAAGAAGGUGCGUAUGUCUGCCGACGCCAUGUUGGCUGCUCUGCUGGGCUCAAAACACAAAGUGUCCAUGGACCUGAGGGCCAACCUGAAGCAGGUCAAAAAGGAGGUGAAAGAGGAGGAGAAGCAAACGGGCAACUGGAGGAAGAACAUCGAAGAGAAAGCAGGGAUGGACGGCAGGAAGAAGAUGUUUCAGACAGAGGCUUAAACACUAGUGUGUCACUCUGUUGUCAGCAUUGUCAGUUAUUUUUUUAUUAUGUGAGUCCACAUUGUUGGCGAUUUUGUACAGAAGAUAAGAGGAAUAAAUCAUGUGUUUCUUGUG